GCAACAGACACAGGACUAAAAUUUUAUAGAGCAGGUAUUGAUUGUCGGACAAGAAAAUGCGAUUGAAACAUAUAACGAAAGAUUCCGCCUGAAUCAUUUUUAAAUAUUACCGUAAACGUCAUAGCUUCCGUCUGCAAUCGAGCCUUAUUGAUUUGUCUGUAUGAUAAAAUUUCAUCAUGACUAUAGGUACCUUUUGUUUAUCACGCAGUGUACAGCGACCUCUUAAGAAUUGGGAAUUGUGGCAUACAGAUAUAAAUUCAAGUGAACAACAAUCUCUCAGUGCUCAGCUUCAGAAAAAAAAUCUUCUGAGUUAAGAUCAUGGAAUGGGUUUCCUGGUUUGUAGCUCUAGUUUCAGCUGGUUUAGGAUUACUUCUCUUAAAGGUUGCAAGAGAUCUAUGGUGGACGCCUCUGCAAAUUAAGAAGUACUUUGAAGCCCAAGGGAUUGGAGGUCCUCCCUACAAGCUACCCUUUGGAAAUGCCCCUGUAAUUGUUCAAAUGGCCAAAGAGGAGAGUUCUAAGUCUUUCCUGUCAGGACACAAUAUAAUUCCUCGAGUUCUUCCUGCCUAUCAUCAAUGGGGAAAAAUCUACGGUCAGGAUUAUGUUUACUGGUUUGGGACUACACCAAGGCUUCUUAUUCCUCACCCUGAGCUUGCGAAGGAGGUAUUAUCGAACAAGUUUGGGCACUAUGGAAAAAUUAAAUUUCAGCAGUCUGGAGUGCCGGGACUUGCAGGGUUAGAAGGGGAGAGAUGGGCACAGCAUAGAAGAAUACUUAACCCCGCUUUUCACAUGGAGGCCUUGAAGGGUAUGAUUCCCUCAAUUGCAGAGUCUGGCACCAAUAUGUGCAGAGAAUGGAGAAAUUUAGUAUCUUCAGGUGCCAAUGAAAUUGACGUUUUCAAAGAGUUUUCUGUUCUCACAUCAGAUAUUAUUUCACGUACAGCAUUUGGAAGCAGUUACGCAGAGGGAAAUCACAUUUUCGAUUUGUUGGGCCAGCAGAUCCUCCUGUUUUUUGAAAGAAUACGCAGAGUUUAUAUUCCAGGUUCCGGGUUUCUUCCUACAAAAGAGAAUAGGCUUGGAUGGUGGUUGGAUAAAGAAAUCAAAAGAUGUAUAAGACAGGUGAUUGAAGGCAGGGAGAGAAAUGUUAGCACGGAAAAUUCGACUGACUAUGGUACAGAUCUACUUGGACUAAUGAUGAAUUCCAAAAAGAAGCAGGGUGGAGGAAAGUUGCAGAAUAACAUGAGCAUGACUAUAGAUGAAGUAAUUGCCGAAUGCAAAACUUUCUAUACAGCUGGACAGGAAACUACAACAAUCCUCUUGACAUGGACCAUGGUCUUGUUGGGAAUGCAUCAAGACUGGCAAGAUCGAGCACGCAGGGAGGUGUUAGAAGUAUGCGGGAAAAAUGAAUUUCCGAAUGCUGCUGCUGUAAAUGGCCUAAAGAUUAUGGGAAUGAUACUCAACGAAUCCUUGAGACUGUAUCCACCUGUAGUGGCACUGGGCCGGCAACCAUUAAAGUCAAUGAAGCUUGGAAAAGUCUCAAUUUCUGCAUGUACUCAACUUGAAAUUCCAAUCCUUGCAAUGCAUCACGAUCCAUUGUUGUGGGGCAAUGAUGUGCAUGAGUUCAAUCCAGAAAGGUUCAGCCAGGGAAUUUCAAAAGCUGCUAAACAUCCAAUGGCAUUCAUGCCCUUUUCUGUAGGUCCACGGUUUUGCAUUGGUCAAAACUUUGCAUUAUUAGAGGCCAAAGUGGUAUUGGCCAUGAUUCUGCAACGUUUUUCCUUUGUGACUUCACCUCAUUACAUCCAUGCACCUGUUCAUUCAUUCACUCUUAAGCCCAAAUAUGGAGCUCAGGUCAUACUCCACAUUAAUUGAAUUUAAUAACAAAGAAUCCCGAGUAAACAAACUGCUAUAUUCAAGUAUAUUAUUGUGGGGUAUGGAUAGGGAACAGUUUGAUAUAAAGCGUGGUAAAAUACUAAUAUUUUUGUGUGAUGACUUUGUUAUAUUACUAUAAUGUAAAUUGGUACCCUAUGUUAAUCAUGUGAUGAUUUUGAUCAAAUCGUACUGUAUGGUUAUAUUUUUUAAAUAUUAAUCAUAAAAAAUGCUUACAUUCCCCAA